AUGAGUGUGGUGGGCAAAAAGCUUAGCUCGUCUAUUUCGGCACAAGGAGUAGAGGCGGAAGCGUCUGGACCAUCGCCGACAACCCCGACCGCUGGGGGAGCUGGUCCGAAUCCUAGCAGCGUCACGCCGGAUUACGUGCUGCAGCUUAACAAAAUUACCGACGACUACCUCUGCACACCGGAUGCCAACAUCUACGAGAUCGACUUUACCCGGUUCAAGAUCCGAGACCUGGAAUCGGGUGCGGUUCUGUUUGAAAUAGCAAAACCAUCGGUUAGCGAAAUUGCGCAUAGCACCAGCGAAACCAAGUCAAUUGCGAAAGAACCGAGCGGUGCAGGGACAAGUGACGAUCCAGCCCCAGCUGCACCGACAACCGACGAUGCGGAGGAAACGUUCGAACCGAACGCUGGCCGCUACGUCCGGUACCAAUUUACGCCGCAAUUUCUAAAACUCAAAACCGUCGGUGCGACUGUCGAGUUCACCGUUGGAAGCAAGAGUGUGAAAAAUUUCCGAAUGAUUGAAAGGCAUUUCUUUAAGGAUCGGUUGCUGAAAACGUUCGACUUUGAGUUUGGAUACUGCAUACCCUUUUCUAAAAAUACAUGCGAGCACAUUUACGAAUUUCCCACUAUCCCGCCAGAUCUAGUAAAUGAAAUGAUUCAGUUUCCAUUCGAAACACGCUCGGAUAGUUUCUACUUCGUCGACGGUUGUCUGGUGAUGCACAACAAGGCGGACUACGCGUACAACGGUGGCCUGUGA